CUCCCCCUCCCCAGUGGGCUCCGGCAGCUUAAUAUCUCGCGCGCUCGCGAGAACCCGAGGCCCGAGCACCCGACCCCAUUGUCACAUUCCGUGAUUGCUUUUGCGUCCAUGGAAAUGGUAGAGUGCUCACUAGCUGCCGCCCGCGGCCCCCGCGGCCCCCGCGCCCUGCUCGGCCGUGUCCCCAGGCCCUCGCCGGCGGUUCUUGGCGCCGGGAGAACCAAGCUCCGGGUGCGGUCGGAGAGGCGGGGGCAGCCUCCGCCGGUUGUCAGGGCCUCCCCGCCGCCGGAGCACGACGGCAGGGCGCUAGGGAAGGCGGCGGUGGGGCUCGCCGCAGCAGCCGUGGUGUCGCUGAACGGGCUCGCGGGGGACUUCUCCCCGCCGCCGGCCCUGGCCGAGUCGCUCACCGUCGCGUUCCCCGUCUCCAAGGCCCGAGAGGUAAACCGGGUGCAGAGGACGCUGGUGGAGGCAUGGGGGCUGAUCCGUGAGACCUUUGUCGAUCCCACCUUCAACCACCAAGACUGGGACCAGAAACUUCAGCAGACUAUGGUGGAGAUGUUCCCACUGAAAUCCGCAGAUGCUGCCUAUGGCAAGAUCAGUGGGAUGGUGUCCACUCUAGGCGAUCCGUUCACAAAGAUCAUCAGCCCCAAGGAAUAUCAGAGUUUCAGGAUCGGAAGUGAUGGGAACUUGCAAGGGGUUGGCAUAUUCAUAAAUAAGGAACCUGGCUCUGGACGCUUGCUUGUUAUGAACUGCAUUGAGGGAGGCCCAGCUGAUCGAGCAGGCAUACGUGAAGGCGAUGAGCUAGUUGAUAUCGAUGGGAAUAGUGUCUUUGGGUUGGAUGGAGAAACUGUGGCUCAGAGACUUCGAGGUCGUGCUGGAACGACUGUGGAAGUGAAACUAUUGGAUGGUACUGGAAAUGAUAGGAGUGGUAGGACAAGACAAAAGGAGGUCCAGCUACGUCGUGAAGUGAUCAAUCUUUCACCUGUAUCAACUGCAAUCAUAUCUCAUAGUUCAGGUGAUGGCCAUGAGGAAAAGACUGGGUAUGUUAGGCUAGCUGCCUUUUCUCAGACUGCUGCUGCUGAGAUGGAAAGUGCCAUUAAAAAGAUGGAGGAUGAGGGUGUCCAGUCAUAUAUUUUAGAUCUGCGGAAUAAUCCAGGUGGUUUAGUAAAAGCUGGUCUUGAUGUGGCUCAAAUAUGGUUAGAUGGAGAUGAAACUCUUGUGAACACAGUCGACCGUGAGGGGAAUGUUCGACCAAUAAAUAUGGUCCAAGGCCAAUCUUUAACACAUGAUCCUCUUGUGGUGCUUGUCAAUGAAGAAAGUGCCAGUGCAAGUGAAAUUUUGGCAGGAGCAUUACAUGACAAUGGCCGUGCUAUUUUAGUAGGUCACAAAACCUUCGGUAAAGGAAGAAUACAGAGUGUGACGGAGUUGGAUGAUGGCUCUGCUCUAUUCAUCACAGUCGCGAAGUACCUCUCUCCAGCACUGCAUGAAAUCGACCAAGUCGGGAUCCAACCAGACAUACAAUGCACCCCUGACAUGCUAUCUUUACCAAGAGCACCUUUGCUAAGUGAAAACGGUGAAGCCCCAAGUUUGGAGAUGGAUUCGUGUAUUAUGGUGGCAGAGCAAGCGUUAGAAAUUCAGCAAUCGAAGGGGUCUGCUUCGUAUAUGGUUAGCCAGAUUGUUGCUCUGAUGCCAUGCUGAAUUGAUGCACCUAACUGGUUAUCAAAAGUUCGAGCUGUUAUGGAAGGGUGCUUAAUGUAUUUCGACAGAUGGAAAUUCAGCUUUGGAAAUUCAAACUCUCGUCAGCAUGUUGGCUGUAUGUAUAUAGCUGUAUCCGCAUUACAUUGUAUAUAGACUGUAGUAUAGACUGAAUAGUGUUGUAACAAUGUAUAGGCUGAUCCGGUAAUGUAGAUUUGUAGGUUACUAGGCACUGGAACUUAGCUGUUUGGUGCUUCGUGGUGGUCAUAUGCCCCCGUUGAUUUGACAAGCACAGAUUUCAGAAUUGUAACUUGUAUUAAUGUACUACAUUUGGCAUAUUGGCUGCUCUACAUAAAUAGUAUCAGUUUUAUUUUCUAGUAA